AGUUAAUUGUGGGACAUACAACGUUAAGGUUGUAGAACGCGGAUAAAGAAUUACGGUUGAAAAUUGGUGAAUUAAAAAGAAACACUAAAUUACUUGAGGAAUAUGGAUUUAAAUUUAAAAUAAAGAAAUUAAAGUGUAUAAAAAAGAAAAAAUAUAUAAAUUUAAAAUGCGUGUAAGCAUGACAUAAAAUUUACCAAAAUACAUAAAAAAAGAGUGAAACAAUAAAAUUAUAAAAAAAAGAAAACAAAAUUGACAUUCAUGAUGAAUGAAUGAUUUUUCUUAAUAAAUUAUAAAACAGCAACAAAAGAAUCAUAAAUUUGUAUUUUCACAUUUCUUGCAAACAGCCAGGGAAAGUGUUACAAAUCAUUGUUAAUAUUUAUGUUGUUUUGUUGUCAUUUGUCUUAAAGAAAGUUCAAAUUCUAAAUAAAAUAAAUAACAAAAAAAAAAUUAAUUAACAAAAAAACCAAAAAAAGAAGAGGGGCUAAUAAAAAUAUAAUUAAUAUAUAUUUUUUUUAAUAAUAAAAGUGUAACAAAACAAAAGACUUAAGACACAAACUUGUUAUAAGAAUAAUAGAAAAAAAAUUAAAUUAAUUUAAUUCAACCAAACAGUGCUAAUUAAUAACAUUAUAUUUUGUUAUAAAAUACAAAAAUAAAUCAAAUUUAAAACAAAUUAUUUUAAACAGUUAUAAAUCUUAACAAACAUUAAUUUUACUUUCCUGCCAUAAGUGGAUUAUAUUUUGUUGUUGCUGUUUAUUUCCUUUUACAAUUUUUAUUGCGGCAACAAAAAGCUGCAACUGACAACAAGUAUCGUUUGGUUUUUUUUAAAGAAGUCAUUAACAAAGAAUUGCCAUUUGUUUAAUAUAACGUAACAAUAUGAUUUUAAGAAUAUUUCUAUUAACAACAGCUUUAUUAGCAGCACCCAGUACAAUAAAUGCACAAUUUCAUCAUUUUGGUGAAGCUAUAAAUACAUCACCAUUGGGAGCAGAUUGUGCUCUAAUAUUAGCGGGACCUGGUAGAUCAUCUGUCUAUGAUUAUAGUGUUAAUUUAUUCCGUGGUACAAUAGGUCCUUAUAAUGGUGACUCGACUUGUAUUACAUACGAUGCUGUUAAUGCUGCCUAUUUAGAUGCACGCAAAAGAAUACAUGUCUCACAACCCAAAGGUGAAUGGAAGGCCGAAGAUAUAGCCACUGUGGGUGAACUAUUACUGGACAUUUCCAUACAAUUGGCCAGAACUUAUGGUCUUUCUUAUGAAGAAAUCGAAAAAGGUUUACCCACCAUUGACACCUCGAAAACUUUGAUUCGUGAAGUCUGUCCACCUUUCUUCUCUGGUGUGGAAUGUCGUCCCGGUAAAUACAGACGUUUCGAUGGGUUAUGCAACAAUAUUGAACAUCCAACAUGGGGCGCUGCCAUGGCACCGUUUCAACGUUUAAUUGGUCCCCUCUAUGCUGAUGGUAUUAAUGCUCCUCGUAUAUCGGUGACAGGACGUGAUUUACCCUACUCACGUGUGGUUUCACGUACUAUGCAUCCCGAUGAUGGUUAUCAUGAUCAUGCUGGCACUGUUAUGGUUAUUGCUUGGGGUCAAUUUAUGGAUCACGAUUUCACUUUAACCGGUACACCCUUGGAUCCCAUUAAUCGUAAUGAUCCCGAAGAAUGUUGCAAACGUCCCAUGCAUUUGAAACAUCCCUAUUGUAAUGAGAUUCGUGUACCAGAUGAUGAUUAUUUCUAUCGUCUUUUCAAUGUUAAAUGUAUUGAUUUUGUACGUGGUUUCCCUUCACCUAGACCUGGCUGUAGAUUGGGUUCUCGCCAGCAAUUCAACACUUUAACUGGUGUCAUUGAUGCCAAUACAGUCUAUGGUGUAAAUGAGAAAUUCGCCCGCAAACUACGUACCGGUUAUGGUGGUUUAUUGCGCAUGAACCCUGUCUUCAAUGAAUAUGGUCUUAAGGAUUUAUUACCUCUCAAGUUAGAUAUUCCCGAUGAAGGUUGCACUAGACCCAACAAGAGUAUGUUCUGUUUCGAAGCCGGCGAGAUACGUGUCAAUGAACAAUUGGUCUUAACCUGUAUGCACACUUUAAUGGCCAGAGAACACAAUCGUUUGGCUACCGGCUUGGCACAUGUCAAUAAACACUGGGAUGAUGAGACUCUAUUCCAAGAGGCCCGUAGAAUUAAUAUUGCCAUUGUACAGCAUGUUACAUACAAUGAAUUCUUACCCAUUUUGUUGGGCAAAGAAGUUAUGGAGAAAUUUGGUUUGGUUUUGCAAAAGGAUGGUUAUUGGGAUGGUUAUGAUCCUAAGGUAAAUCCUGGUAUUAUUGAUUCAUUUGCUGGUGCUGCUUUCCGUUUUGGUCACUCCUUAUUGCCAACAGCUGUCGAACGUUGGUCCAAGGCUCAUAAGUUUAUUGCCUCAAAGAGAUUGUCCGAUUUGAUAAGACGUCCUUAUGAUUUGUACAGAGCUGGUGUUUUAGAUGAAUAUUUUAUGGGUUUAAUGAAUCAAGUGGCCCAGGCUAUGGACGACUCUAUAACACAAGAAGUAACAAAUCAUUUGUUUAAGAAGGAAGGUGCUAGAUUUGGUAUGGAUUUGGUGUCGUUUAAUAUGCAACGUGGUCGUGAAUUUGGUAUACCCGGCUAUAUGGAAUUCCGUAAAUUCUGUGGUCUACCCACUUCAAAUACCUGGGAUGAAAUGUUUGGUUCUAUGCCCAAUGAUACUAUUUUAAGAUAUCAAUCCAUAUUCGAACAUCCUGCUGAUAUUGAUUUAUGGUCUGGUGGUGUUUCGGAAAAAUCUUUGCCUGGUUCAAUGUUGGGUCCCACUUUUGCCUGUGUUAUUGCCACUCAAAUGAGUUAUAUAAGACGUGGUGAUCGUUUCUGGUAUGAGUUGCCCAACCAGCCUUCUUCAUUUACACCCGAACAAUUGCAGGAAAUACGCAAAGCCAAACUAUCACGUUUGAUUUGUGAUAAUACAGAUUUAAUAGAUACAGUACAAAUAUACCCCAUGGUAUUGCCCGAUCAUGAAAUUAACCCCCGUGUACCUUGUAAGAGUGGUAUUAUACCCUCAAUUGAUUUAUCAAAAUGGGCCGAUUAUGCUAGUCCCGAUAUCGCCUCACCAGUUUUUAACUAUAUUAAUGAAAUUCCCGAUACUUUGCUAAAUUUCCGUAAGAAAUAAUUGACGUUUCCCCAGUCCCUCAGCAUUUCUUUGUUAAAUACUCAAGGAGCAUUAUAUUCAUACUCCCUCCCUAAUCAUCAUUAUAUUUUUUUAUUUUUCUCUUACUCUUCGACACACAUUUCUCUUAUACAUUUUUUUAACUUAUUAAAAGUCGUCGUUUUCCGUUUACUCUCAUCUCUAUUCUAAGUCAAUGAUAUAUUUUUCUCUUUGAUACAUGUGUUCUUAGCAUUUUUCUUCAUAAUUAUUAUAAAAAAAGAAUGUAUUUUAUUUUAUUCACUUGCUGUCGUCAUAAUUAUUUUUUUCGAUUAUUUUGCAAU